GGCCUGCGCCACACCGGAAGCGGCGCGUCCCCGUCCGUCCCCCAUUCCCCUCCCCGCCCGCUGGCGGAGCCCCGCGCGCCGCGAGGCCUGGGCGCUGACAGCGCGGCCUGAGGCGGCGCCCGGCCCGGCUCCGGCUGCCCACACCGAGGCCUGGAAGCGGCGGGCACGGCUCCCGGUGCGGCGACUGGCAGAUCACCUAGAAGACACAAUGAGUGUUAAAGCUUUCAAGCUCGUUUCUGCUGUUGAGCGGGAGAUGUUAAUGGGAGACAAAAAUUACAUCAACAUCGAAUGCAUUGAGUGCUGUGGAAAGAACCUUUAUGUUGGAACCAACGACUGCUUUAUCUAUCACUUUCUGUUGGACGAAAAGAUAUCAACAGCGGGAAAAAUAACUUUUGCUGCCACUAAGCAACUACAUAAAUACCUGGGCUUGAAGAAGCCCGUGAGUGAGUUAAAAGCAGCCUCUGCCCUCACCAGGCUUCUUGUGCUUUGCGACAACACAAUAACACUAGUUAACAUGAUGAACUUGGAACCUGUCCCCACUGGUGCUAAAAUCAAAGGAGCUGUGACAUUUGCAGUAAAUGAAAACCCUGUGAGCGGGGAUCCUUUCUGCGUUGAAGUCUGCAUUAUCUCGGUCAAGCGGCGGACCAUUCAAAUGUUCAUGGUGUUUGAAGACAGAGUCCAGAUAGUGAAGGAAGUGUUUACUCCAGAGCAACCCUGUGCUGUGGCUGUAGAUGGUUAUUACUUAUGUCUUGCACUUACUACGCAGUAUAUCAUUUUAAAUUACAAUACUGGCGUCUCCCAGGAUCUAUUUCCUUACUGCAGUGAUGAGAAACGACCAAUUGUGAAAAGGAUAGGCAGACAAGAGUUUCUGUUGGCUGGCCCCGGAGGCCUAGGCAUGUUUGCAACUGUAGACGGCAUUUCUCAGCGUGCCCCUGUGCACUGGUCAGAGAACGUGAUUGGAGCAGCUUUGUGCUUUCCUUACGUGGUUGCUCUCGAUGAUGAGUUCAUUACAGUGCACAGCAUGCUGGACCAGCAGCAAAAGCAAACGUUGCCUUUUAAAGAAGGUCACAUUCUACAGGACUUUGAAGGAAAGGUGAUUGUUGCUACUAAUAAGGGUGUGUAUAUCUUGGUGCCACUACCUUUGGAAAAACAGAUUCAAGAUCUUCUAGCUAGCCACAGAGUGGAAGAAGCCCUUAUUCUAGCAAAAGGAGCUCGAAGGAAUAUUCCAAAAGAGAAAUUUCAGGUAAUGUACAAACGAAUCCUGCAGCAAGCAGGUUUUAUACAGUUUGCACAGCUUCAGUUCCUUGAAGCAAAAGAACUUUUCAGAAGCGGCCAGCUUGAUGUCCGGGAGCUGAUCUCUCUCUACCCCUUCCUGUUGCCUACUUCCUCUUCAUUUAUACGGUCUCAUCCCCCUCUGCAUGAGUACGCGGACUUAAACCAGCUGACCCAAGGGGACCAGGAGAAGAUGACAAAGUGCAAACGAUUCCUCAUGAGUUACUUGAAUGAAGUCCGCAGCACUGAGGUUGCGAAUGGCUACAAGGAAGAUAUUGACACGGCUUUACUCAAGCUCUAUGCCGAGGCAAAUCAUGAAAGUCUGCUGGAUCUGCUGGUUUCAGAGAACUUUUGUCUUUUAACAGAUAGUGCCGCCUGGCUGGAAAAACACAAAAAGUAUUUUGCUCUUGGUCUCCUGUAUCACUACAAUGGUCAGGAUGCUGCAGCACUUCAGUUAUGGGUGAAAAUAGUUGAUGGAGACAUUCAAGAUUCUACACGUUCGGAUCUCUAUGAAUAUAUAGUAGACUUCCUUAUAUUCUGCUCAGACCAAGAUCUAGUGUGGAAAUACUCUGAAUGGGUUUUACAGAAAAAUGAAGAGGUUGGCGUACAGAUAUUCACCAAAAGGCCUUUGGAAGAACAGGAGAAAAAUAACAUUAAUCCAGAUGAUAUCAUCAGUUGCCUUAACAAAUAUCCUAAAGCACGUGUUAAAUACCUAGAACAUCUAGUGUUGGAAAGAAAAAUAGAGAAAGAAAAGUACCAUACUCAUCUAGCUGUCUUGUACUUGGAGGCAAUACUUCAGCUAAAAUCUGUGACCACGGAUAAGUGUACGGAAACAACUGAACUGCUGUUGAAACUACGCAGUCUUCUUCAGAAAUCUGAUCUUUACAGAAUUCACUUUAUUUUGGACAAAAUCCAGGGCACAGACCUUCAUAUGGAAAGUGCAAUUUUAUAUGGAAAACUAGAAGAACAUGAGAAGGCUUUGCAUAUCCUUGUCCAUGAAUUAAAGGACUUCCAUGCUGCUGAAGAAUACUGUAUAUGGAACUCUGAGAACAGAGACAUGCAGUACAGACGGAGGCUUUUCCAUAUGCUGCUGUCAGUGUAUCUAAAUCCAGGCGCUCCGGAUUGUGCACUAGUCAUGGCUGCUGUGGAUCUCUUGAAUAACCAUGCUGCUGAGUUUGAUGCGGCUGUAGUUUUGCAGCUAGUGCCUGACAGCUGGUCAGUGCAGCUCCUCUCCCCGUUCCUGGCUGGAGCAGUGAGGCAAAGCAUUCAUACAAAAAGAAUGACGCAGGUUGCACUUGGGUUAGCACAAGCUGAAAACUUAAUCUACAAAUACGAGAAGGUUAAGCAAAAAGGAACCCCAAUUCUUCUUUCGGACAAAAUGGUCUGUCAGGUGUGCCAGAAUCCUUUCUGCGAGCCUGUAUUUGUAAGAUACCCAAAUGGGGGUAUGGUCCACACACACUGUGCUGCAAACAGACAUCUGAAUUCAAACACAACUCAUCACUCCUCCAGCUCCAGCAAUCAGACUUGAAGUAUGUUCCGGUCCCACAGGUUCCCAUGGCUUAUACCCCGUGGAAAGUGGACUGGAAAAAAGAACAAAGUGCAGCUACUCUAGGUAUAAAUCAAGAUGAACAGCUAGUCUUUGGGUUAAUGGGAAGACUUCCAGUAAAUAUGAAAUACCGCCACUUAUCUUUUUCAUUUCUAAUGAAUGUAUAUAGAGAAGAAAAAUCACUACCAGAAAUGGAGAGGUGCAAAUAUAGGCUCUUCUGUAUAUAGUAAUAAUAAACAGUUAAAGAAAAUGAGCCUUUUCUUCACAGUAAGAAUGAAUGUUAUGGAGACAAGGCAAACAAUUACUUUAAGAAAUGUCACUUUGCACUGAAUGCGGUGUUGAUAAAUUUGUAGAGGUUGGACAUGGCAUCUAUUGGAGUUGGAAUUCUUGGAACACUACGUGACAAGACUGGCAUCAUGCAGCUUACUAUCAAGACAAAAAUGUGUGUUGGUUAUAAUGUUUGCUGCAGCAUUGUCCUCUUUUGAGCUGGAUUCUCUUCCCCAGGAUCACAUUAUGAACUUGGUUUUUGCUCUACAAAUUGUUGGCUUUUGAUGCACUUUUUAGUAUUUCCUCCCCCCCGCUAUAUAGAAUUUAAAUGUAAGCACUGGUCCGUUAGGUUUCUACUCCUACAAUUACUGUAAUAAACCGAGUGGAAACUGAUAGUCACACAGCUGUGCUUGGAAGAAAAAAAAGUCGAUUGUCUGGUCAGUCCGUAGUCACUUUUAUAUGGAGGAAGAGACCUUAACUUUAAUAUUGAUUUAUUUAUUAAUAUGCAAAUAUAACUGUACAUACAAUUGAAUAAAUUGAUCUUAUAUCAUUCUAGAGUUUCUUGGGAGGAUAAAGAUGUAGCUGAUGUAUAAGUGUACAGGUUAUGUGCUAAAUGUUUGCUAUAACAUAACUUAGGCAGAUUGGAACUCCACAAAAACAGGUUUUAGUACUUGUGGAUGACUUUGUGCAGUCAAAAUCAUGGAAAGAAGGUAUAAUUGGGUAGAAAUCUGCAAAGGUGCACUACAGGGCUACUGGUUUUGUUAUAUUCUGCAAAACGUUCUGUAAACUAAGGUUUUUCAAAUAACAAUAAAACCCCUUUAUUUAACUGCCCUGAUAAAUACUCACAUGGCUAUUUAACCAUUUUCAAGCAAAUUAGUUUAAAAGCAGCAGCUUCCCACAGUAGAUGUUCAAAAAUGAUGACUUUUUAAAUAAAAGUUAAGUAUUUCAAAGUCAAAGCAUUUCUUUUAAUUCUGUAAAGCUGUAAUAAAUGACAGGCUUACUGACCAGCAUGCAAUUGAGUUAGUACGACUGCUCAGUCUUUUAGCAUUCCAAAUCAGACUGGAGACUUUCAGCAAAAGUGGGAUACCUGCGUGGUAUCUUCUAGGUGCUGUCUCAGAAGAGGUCUUCUGUUACAGAAAGGCUGGCUUAUGAAACAGCCUUGUAAGCGUAGUGCUGCCUCCAGGAAGGGGCAACCAGACUACAUCUGGGGGUGAAAAAAAUAGCCAUUUCUUUGUCUUUGAAGCAGAAGACCUUUGGAUCUUUUUCUGUUUCCUGAGUUCGAAAGUAGAAAAGUACAGCUGUUGUGUUGGGUUUUGAAAAAUAAAUCCAAGUAAGGAAUUUUGUAGCACUUUCUACUAAGACAUGUAAGCCACAUUUCGUGAAAGGCACCUUCAAAAAAGACAAAUGUGAGUGUUUACGCCUUAAUUCUGGCAUGAGGGAUUCUCCUGUGUUGGUGCUGGUAUGAGCAGAUUCUUCUGUAUCUUGCAUUCACGGUUUUCAAACAUUAUGUAUACAACUGGCAAUGGUAACAACAACUUUGUAGUUCCCUGUUCUCAAAAUACUUGCUGAUAGAGAGGAAGUGAGUUUACCAGGAUCUAAUAAGCCUUUUGUGCACAGUAGCAUGUGAUUCAUAAGAAAUACUUUCUUUUGCUGCAAGCAUCCUCAGUAUACUUUUGUUCCUAUCUAAUAAGGAGGAACUAAAACAAAUAUCAGUAGCCACUAGGUAGUGAUGAACUUAGUCUUGUCAACUAGUGUUGCAAUGGAAUAGAGGAUCAUUUCAUUCCAGACCGCAAGACAGUUCUUAAUCGUUAUUGCAUGAAAAGGUAUGGCUAUAAAAGAUUAAACAAUUCUUUAUUAAUACUUCAUAUGUUUCAGAUUUGUACUUUGGCUAAAAUGCAGCAGUAACAGUAAUUGUACGUACAGGACAAAUACAGGAAUCGGAGUAACGCAAGGUGGCAUAUUUGCAAUCAUAGAUGACCAAAAUGGUAAUUUAAUAUUAAAGUUGGGGGAUUCACCUCCUGAAACGUGGACUGGAAAAAUACUGACAUUUGAUUCAUACAUUAUUACCUGUUUCUUUGUUAAAUUUGAUACUAGAACUCAUUUGGAUGAAUUAAUAUGGAAGUCUCACGAUAACAAGAAAAAGAAAAAAAAAAAAAAGCCAAACAAAAAAAAACCCCAGUGUGGGGCUGAGGUAGAACAAGAGCUCAUCGGGGAGGUGGCAGGUGGAGGAUGCUCUUCCAGUGUGCCUACAGCGCUUGAGCAGUCGGGAUAACACUCGACCAGAGGAGAUGACAGCCUAUGUCACAGUGGUGCGUGGUAAUUCUGUACCUUAUCACCAGGUCUGCAUUCAUAUUCCCUUAGGCAGGACAACUGCAACACCCCUUGGGUAAGAGAACUUCACACUGGAGAACCUGAGUUCGCUCCUUUUCUUUUGGCACUGUCAGUUUGCUCAUUCCUCUCUUGUGUACCUGAAGCCCUGGGACAGCAUUGCUACUGUGCGAAGUUCUGGUAUGGCUGCAGCAGCAAGCAGGGAAUGAAUGGGGAUCUGGUUAUUAACGGAUAUGUGAAGGAGGAAAGGUAGGAAAGUGGCAUAUUUCUUUGACCAUCCUUCUAGUUUGGAAAUUAAGCGGGUUUGGGGAGUUCAAGCUUGAUGCAAUUGUUUUCUCUCCAGUUAGGGAAUGUGGUGGCUUAGACCUGCCCUUGGAGAGAGGAGAUUCUGUCAGAAUAGUUCUUCUUAAUUUGGCUCUUGCUAAAUUUGUGUUUAUAACUCAUCUCUCACUCUUCUUUUUUUUUUUUUUUUUUUUUAAACUGACAGUGCGUUUGUGAUUCAGGACUUAAUAAAUGAGAUUAGCCUCUCACAGAUGCUUUUGCAGGUAUUGAGGCACGUUUGCCUAACAUGUAGCUUCUAAUUACAGAAAUAUUGCAGCUCUGACAUGUUUUUAGCCAUCCUCUGUUAACAGUCACUGCUUCAUACAAAAAGCACUCCCUAAAUGCUUUUCUACUCUUUUGUAUCUCCAUGCUUCCUCACAAAAAUUACCUAUGAUGUGUCUAUGUCAUCAUGUGCAGUUUUUCCCCUCUCUAAGUCAAAAAGAGAAGAAAAAUACUAAUGAGAAAAAAUUGCCCAGAAUCUGGCACUUUGUUUGAAAUAAGUUUUAUGGUUGUACAUUUAUGAGAAAGAAUGCGGUUAGAUCUUUCUGUGCUUUAAAGGGAUAACUUACUACAUUGAUAAUAUUACAAGAAUGCUGAUCUCAAAACCUGGAGAAAAUAAGCAAUUGGUUUGUUGCACAGAGUGCACCACGGGUACCUGGGAAGUGUGGUCUGCAGGCAGCCCACUCCGCGGUGGCUCAGGCGUGCACGGGAGGCCGGGUUACCAUGAGAACUUGCUCCCCCCACUCCCAGUCUCCAAAAACUUUCCAGCCUUUGUUACCUGAUUAAUAUCACUCUCCUAUAGCACUCAGUUGACAGGGGUGUAAAUCUUGAGUUCUGGGUGGACUCCUGAGCACAGCUGUCUUUGUUCAAUAAAAUGUCACUUUCUUACAUCAACCACGUGAAACCCAAAGAAUGUCAAUCGCGGAAAGGCGGUGGUAGGGGUGGAGUACGUGUAUGUUUUCCGAGACCUUUAUUACAUGUUUGAACACACAAGCAUUAUCCGGACUUUGCUGAAUCUUUAUAACAAUGUCUGUUCUUUGCAGGACUCCCAUCCUGAAUGACAUUAAAAAAUAUUUUAUUUUAUACAGUUGUAUCAAGAAGUAACAUUUUAUUGCUCUUCCCAUUUUGCUGCAGUCUCUGUUUGGCAGAGCUCUAAGUGUUUUAUUAACAUCCUGCUGUUUGUAACAGGCAGCAACUAAUACAUUUUCAUUGUGAGCUCUCCUAUUGCCUGUAUUUACUAAUUAAUUUUUCUCUUGCUGUACAACACUUUGGGGCAUAUGCCUUGCGAACACUGAUAAUUAAAUGCGCUGCUACUUUUAAAGGGAAAAGAAGAAAAGAAGUUAAUGACAUUCUGUAAUAUCUGGUUGAUUACAAAACUGAAGUUCCCCUGCAGUAAAUUUGUUCAGAUGGAGAUCUGUACUGUUCAUGCUUUCUGACUUAAUGGUUAUGUUGGUGAACAUACACAGCAGUAUGUGGAAUGUACAAAUGUAUAAAUCUGUUGAUUUUUAAUAAAAAAAUCUUUUAAUUAUG